CAGGGAAGGCGCUGAGCAGAGGAAGAGGCCACAGCCCGACCUGCAGCAGUCCAGCCCUUGGGACUCCUUUUGCCGGCCACUUGCUCAUCUCUGCUUCCGGAGCUAUCGCCAUGGUGACGGUGCGCAGGCCGUGGCCCGCGGUGGCCACAGUGCUGCUGGCCCUGCUCGCCUGCCUGGGGGCGCUGGUCCACGCUUACCCCUCCAAACCCGAGGCUCCCGGCGAAGACGCCUCGCCCGAGGAGCUGAGCCGCUACUACGCGUCGCUGCGCCACUACCUCAACCUGGUCACUCGGCAGCGGUAUGGGAAACGCGACAGCCCCGAGGCGGUCCUCGCGAAACUGCUCUUCCCCGACGACGAGGACCGCCGGGUCAAGACACGGUAA